AAUCUGUGACCACAGCAGGAGACAGGAGACAGCACUCCUUGGGGUUCAGGACCUCUGGGUGGCAUAGAAGGGGCUACCACCUUCUCUGUCCAGUGGCUUUGCAUGCCGUGCAACUGGAGAUGGACCUGAACCAGGGACCAGGGCUUUCUAGGGGUUCUGGCCUUUGCCUCAACAAAGCACCCUUGCAGCUUCACACAAACAUCGAGAGGAAUUGGGUUGAGGGCCUGGAGUCCGAGGCUCUGGACGCUGACCUGAAGCCCCCUGCAAAGCCAGGGCAGAAGGGGCUGGAGAAACCCAUCCUGGGAAGGUGGAAGGCGAGGGCCUCUGUCUCUGGGUCUGGAAGGGCACAGCAGGCUCAACUGGAUGCUCCUCUGUGGCUUCAUCCUGGAACAACCAGACAAAGGAGGAGAGCUGGGGUCUCCACAUGUCUUGUGGCCUUUCUGGAACCGCAGAGUAGAGUUUCCAUGCCAGCUGGCCUCCCUCCCCAGGGAAGACUGGAAGAACAAGAACGGAGGCCAGACCCCAGCAGGGAAAGGCCACGCUGCUUGGUGGCAGCUCCAAGGGCGACGUGGACCCCUUCCACUAUGGCAAACGGUUCCGCUGCGGGGGCAGUAGGAAGCCUCGGCAAGUCGGUGAAGAUGAGCUGUAACCCUGGAGUUGGCUGUGCCCCCCGGUGCCCGGGCUGCUCGGGAAGCCAAGGAGGCCCGUCUUCUGCCUUUGACCCCAUCACUACCACUGCUUGUGCUGAAGGAAGCGCCAGGCUCUGAGUGACCCCAUGGACGCUGCCUCAUGCUGUCUCUGCUCCCUCCGAGACCCUGCCUCCCUCCUCCUCCUCCUCCUCCUCCCUCCCUCCCUCCCUCCCUCCUCCCGUGUCUGCAGCCCCCUCUGAGUACAGAUGCAGCCCGGUCUCACUUGUUUCCCAGAUCACUGCCGCGCACCUGUCUGCCUAUAACCACAAACUCAGUGUUGUCACCUGCAGGCUUCUCCUCACUGAGCCCAGAUUAGAGAGAGCCUGGGGGACCGAGCCUCAGGCUGGCUUUCGAAUGCCUGGCAAAGUUCAGAAGUCUGCAGUUUCAAAGUCAGGCCCAUCAGUCCUGCUGUGGCCUCUAACCCAGGCUCUGGUCUUGCCCUGGGAAGCUGGGAGCUCCCGCAUAGCUGCCCAAGUUGUGUCCACCCAUGACCACAUCCAUAUGCUUGGCUGUCCCUACAGGUGCACUGCAGGGCCAGGGUGGGUGGCCCCUGGUGUUGAACAUCAGCAAUGCUUUCUGGAUUUUCCCCCAAACCCACCAACCUGUGUGUUAAAUUCAGACCACCCUUUCACUAUUCUUGUGGCCAGGGGCCCCAGCUGGACCCAUUCCCACCCAUCUAUUGGGUGCUGGAUUUGUCCAUCCUGGACACUGAGCCAUUGCUGCAGCCCCAGUCCUCCGGCAGGGACCCCCAGGGUAACCUCAGCCGGGGAGGAUGUCAGUGCCCAAGUCCCAUGGCCUGUGCCCAGCCUCCCUCUCGGACGCCCCCUCUAGGAGAUUCUGUGCUGGGGAUGGAGCCCAGCUUCCCUUCCCACAGAGGGCCCCAGGGAGACCGGAGGGCGGUGGGGCCAUGGCACCACCAUGGUCUGGUUUCCUACUGGUGCUACCACUAUCUGAGGGAGGGGAAAGAGUUGCUGGAGUUCAAAACACACAGUGUGGGUUAGUGAACCAGUUCACCUGGGAAUUAAGCUCUUUGUCCUGUCUGCUGCCCCCAGGGCCAUGAGGAUCACCAACCCUUGUGAAAUUGCAGAGGGCUUGAGCAGAGUCAGUUCUUAGAGAGGAAAAUAGAUCACUUUCACUUACAGAAGGGGAAACUGAGGCCCCAAGAGGGGCAGUGACUUGCCCAGGACGACAGGGCUCUUUCUCCCACACUGACACCACAGUUGGGGUGGGGGCGCCCCUCUGUCCACUUGUGCAUGUGGAAGCACUGAGGGAAGAGAGAAGCCUGGGGAGACCAGGACCGAGAGGGGAACAGCCUGGCCGUUCAGCUCAGCAUCAAGGCUCACUGACAACGAAUACAACAUGGCAGGUGCACCUUAAAUAGAAUUUGGUGUCACUAUACAGAGAGAGGCAAGCACUUGGGAGUCCUGGGCAGGAAUGGAGCAGCACCACCUGGAGGGGUUGGGGAAGCGGGACUUCUGAAGCUUCCUGGAAGAGGAAGCAGUAAGAGUCGAGGGCAGGAGUCAUAUUUCUAGAAUGAAUGUUCUAUGACCAGGCCCUUUGAGCCUGUCCCACUGAGGAGGAAUCCUGGUGCGGUGUGAGUCACAUCCUCUCUCCCACCCUGCCACAAGGUCUCCCUCCUUCCCCUUUAAUCUCCAGAUGCCCAGGAUCUCCUUCCAGCCUGUGGGACCUGAACCUUGGGGUGGCCCAUGAAAGCUGAAGCAGAAUCAGCCCCCAGGGGCCCCUGCAGGGCAGCCAGGGCCAAGAACCACCACUCUAGAGGACAUUCUGAGUCUGUGACCAGUGCCCUGGGGAGGAUGCUGGAGAAUAUUUCUCCUCCCUUCCCAGGAAGGUCACAUGGGCUGGGAAUCUCUGAAAUUUUACUUUGGAAUUUUCCACAAUUCAAACCUGUACUAAAUCCAGAAAAACAACUAA